UUCCGGUCACAACAACAUGGACUGUUUUAGAAAAAUCUUUUCUGCUAACAAUCUGAAUGUUUUUGGAAUGGUACAUAUUCAAGCUUUGCCAGGAACACCAAGAAAUAAACUAUCAGUACCAGAAAUUCUGGAUAAAGCAUUAACAGAAGUGAAGAUUUACAAAGACAAUCAUGUGGAUGGUCUGAUUAUAGAGAAUAUGCAUGACAUACCUUAUGUGCAUACAGAUAAAGUUGGACCAGAAAUUACUGCCAGUAUGGCUGUAAUAUGCCAUCAGAUCAAAAAAAUCUUCACAUCUGGUCCUGUUGGAGUCCAGAUAUUAGCUGGUGCUAAUAAACAAGCUUUAUCUGUUGCCAAGGCUGCAGGUCUAGAUUUCAUCAGAGCAGAAGGUUUUGUGUUUUCCCAUGUAGCAGAUGAGGGUAUUAUGAAUGCAUGUGCUGGUGACCUGUUAAGAUAUAGGAAACAGAUAGGUGCUGAAGACAUUCUUGUUUUUACUGACAUAAAAAAGAAGCACAGUGCCCAUGCAAUAACUUCAGAUGUUGACAUUGCUGACACAGCUAAAGCAGCAGAAUUUUUCCUGAGUGAUGGCGUCAUAGUAACAGGAAUUCAGACUGGUCAGGCUGCAGAUGUAUCGGAAUUAAUAGAUGUCCAGAAGGCAGUUGACAUACCAGUUUUGAUUGGAUCAGGUGUAACCAAUGAUAAUGUAGAACAGUAUAAAUCAGCCCAUGGAUUGAUAGUAGGCUCAUAUUUCAAGAAGGAUGGACACUGGAACAAUGAAUUGGAUACUGAUAGACUUAAAUCUUUUAUGGAAAGUGUUAAAUCACUUAGAACAGUUAAUUAAAAAUAUGAAAAUUA